AUGGCUCGGAGUGGCAAGCUGAUCAAGACUUCCAGAGAGGAAGAGCUUUCAAAACUGAUCAUUGCCAAGUGUGGCGGGCUACCCAAAGUAAUAGCUGCCAUAGGCGAGUCCUUGCAGGCACCCUACAAAUGGGAUAAAAAGUUGUUAGAGAGCCUAAAUGCUAAAUUCAUGAUCAUGUUGGAGACAGACCCAAGAUUCCAAUGUUUAAGGGGUCUAUUUACUAGGAUGCAGUCCUAUUUUGAUGGUUGUCCAGAUUCACUGAAGCCAUGUAUCUUCUAUCUGUCAGUAUUCCCUUUAGGCCACAUUAUUAGGCGAAGGCGUCUGUUAAGGCGGUGGAUCGCGGAGGGUUACUCCAGGGGGACUAAUUGCAGUACUGCAGAAGAGAAUGCGGAGAAGUACUUCUCCCAGCUUGUAGAGUUAAGCAUAAUAAUCCAGCAGCAGCAAGAACCACCAAGCAGUGCAGACGUAUGGAAAGUCAAUGGAUUCUUUCGUGAAUACAUCAUUUCACGUCCAAUGCAAGAUAAUCUUGUGUUUGCACUAGAGGGGCGUCGCAGCCAUAACUGGCAGCGUGCUGGAACUGGACAACACCUGGCCAUAAGUAGCAGCUGGGAUGGAGACAAGAUUGUAUUUGAGAGAAUGGAAUUGUCACGGCUCCGGUCAUUGACGGUGUUCGGCAAGUGGAGGCCAUUCUUCAUCUCUGCCUAUGUCAAUAUGGAAUUGCUCCGGGUGCUGGAUCUAGAGAAUUCAACAGGUGUCAGAGAUGCUGAUAUUGAGCAAAUUGGGAAGCUACUUCUUCGCCUCAAAUUCCUCUCCCUACGAGGUUGCAAAUAUAUUACCUGUUUGCCGAGAUCAUUGGCUGGCCUGAAGCAGUUGCAAACUCUAGAUGUAAAAGGCACCUCCAUGGUCAUUUUGCCAUCUUAUGUUAUGAAGCUACAUAAGCUACAAUACAUUCGUGCUGGUGCCAUACUACCACCAUCAGUUACGGAAGACCUACCAGCAGAAGAAGCAGGAGCAGCUGAUGAGGACCACAUGACAUCAGCAACCGCUGGAGAUGACCAUAGUGAUGCCAUGGUUACAAGCCAAUUAGCAGGAGAAGCAAGAACACCAGCAGAAGAAGAGCCAGUCCAGACCACAACGCCAUGGAGCAGUCGGGGACGAGAUAUGCUGGUAUCUUGCAGCUGGUUGUCCAACAAGUUUAGAUGCAAACGUCGACGAUGUAGUGGUGUUAAGGUUCCUGUUGCGGCUGGGAUUGGUAAGCUGAUCGCUUUACAUACACUUGGUGUUGUCAAUAUCACUAUUAGUGGCAAGGCCAUCCUCAUGGAGCUCAAGAAGCUUACCCAAUUGCACAAGCUCGCUGUGUCCGGCAUCAACUGGAAAAAUUGGAGCGAAUUUUGUUCUGUCAUCUCAGGCUAUGUUCAUCUUGAGACCUUGUCAGUGAGACUCGGUGAUAAUGAUGAGAAGCAGAAGGAGCGGGAGGAUUUGUGUUGUUUGGAUGACAUCUCCAAGCCGCCAAAAACACUAAAGAGCCUCAAGCUGUACGGGGGAAAUGUACACGUAUCGGUAGUCUGGAUGAAGCAACUUGGCAAGAAUCUCAAAAAGGCUCGCGUUCAAGAUCUUGAGUUGGCAAUAUCAACGCAGGAGAACAUAGACAGCCUUGUACAAUUGCCUUGCAAGGAUAUGUUCGGUCAUCUUUGUCUCAAGCCGAUUGAAGAUGGCAAGCUCUAUUAUGAUAGUCUGGUGGCCCCGUGGACUAGGGAUUUCUUCCAAGCCCCAGACCUUAAGAUUGACUGUGGCAGCUAUAAGCUGGUGAUAGUUUUUGGAGGUAGGAUGCCUGCAAAUGUGGAGGUGCUGGUUGUUCACUGCUCUUCUACCGAGUCGUCUUUGGAGCUUUCUGGGUUAGAGAAGCUAGAGAAUCUCAAGAAAGUGUGGCUUAAGGGUUCAUACAGCGACCAAGUCAAGGAACACUUGCAGCAGAAGGUUGGCGAGCUUGUGAAGAAACCUGUGUUGAAGCUGGAGGACCAACACACCCAACAGUCAGCUCCACCUACCCCUUGUGCGUGCCUGAAAUGCCUACUUAACUGA